AUGGGGCUCGUUGCCGUUGCGCUGGUCGUCGCUGCAUUCACAUGGAUAAUGAAUUUCCUCUACAAAAAAGCGAAGUAUAUUCUUGACCGAAUGUCGCUCUUUCAAGGACCGGUGGCUCUACCUUUCAUCGGGAAUCUUCACCAGUUUCACUUCACUCCCGAAGAAUUUUUCGAGCAGGCUCAGGGAUUAGCGUACAUGCUGCGAAAGGACAAGGAUCGAAUCACAAGAGUGUGGUUUGGGCCGAUGCCGCAUGUUCUCAUAUAUGGACCGGAGGAAUGCGAAGCAGUUCUAGGCAGCAGCAAAAUGUUGAAUAAGACUAUGCAGUACAGCUUUCUUUCGGCAUGGAUUGGUGAAGGAUUGUUGAUCAGUAAGCCGGAUAAAUGGCGUCCACGGCGGAAACUUCUCACGCCCACAUUUCACUAUGAAAUCCUGAAAGAUUUCGUUGAGGUCUACAACCGACAUGGUCGGACGCUAUUGGGCAAGUUUUUGAAGCACGCCGAUAGCGGAGAGUACGAGGACAUCUUCCACACUGUCACCCUCUGCACCCUGGAUGUGAUUUGCGAAGCUGCGCUUGGCAUCUGCCUCGACGUGCAGAAGAAUCCUCAUUCCCCGUAUCUGGAUUCAGUGUUCAAGAUGAAAGUGAUAAUUCAAAAGAGAUUAGUCAAACCGCAGUACUACCCGGAGUUUCUGUUCAACUUGAUCGGAGCUGGAAGGGAACAAGCACGUUGCGUCAAGAUUCUGCACGAAUUCACGGGCAAUGUGAUUCGAGCCCGAAAGGCAAAGGCUGACGCAGCAGGUGGUGUGGAGAAACUUCUUGCGCAAGAGUCAGCGGAAGGUACUGUAAUACGGAGUCACAGCCACAAUUUUCUACGGCUUUUGUAA